AGAUUUCCCGCCGAGUUAGAAGUAGCGUGACGGUCACAGACGUGUACAGUAUUCUACUAGCGUGGACUAUUUCUUGUGCCUUGUCUUGCAUCAGUCUCCAAAGAAAUUCUCUUUGUCGUGGAUUCUUUCUGUUGCGCAUUCGUAUUCUUUCCACGGGGAAUCGUAGUCACCAUGCUUAUCAACCAGGACCUCCCGGAUUUUCCGAACCCGUUUGACAAUGCGGGAGACUAUUCCCUAGGCUUCGAGGUGAAGACCCUGAAAGAGCAGCUGCUAUGCCACGUCAUGGGAAGCAUCCGCGAAAAGACGGACUGGAUGCGGAAAGUCAUGGACGAUGUGAUUGUAGCGAGGUGGAAGGAGGAGCUGACGAAUCCCGUCCGGCCGGCUAAAUCGUACUUUGUGCAAGAAGAAAGGGACGUGUCUCUUGAGGACCCUGGCAGCGUGGUUACUUUUCUGAGGGACAACGGCAAAAGGGUUGUCAAGGUUGACCCCGAUCUCGUUGACUACGCCAUUCAGGAGCUCCGCUGGCAAGCCAUCUCUCACGAUCCCUCCUCUCCAGUUAUGCCAAGUGCUGUUGACGGAGUCUUCAUCAUUCCUUCCGCCUCCUUUCCGCCUGACGUGCUCCAGCCAUUUCUGGAAGGCAUGCAUCGCCUGGAGUCAGUUCCUGAGGACCAGAUUGACUAUCACCCGGGGUCAAGCAAGCAGGUUGUUGAUCUGGUGCAUCCGUCCCUCCAUUGCCUCGUCUAUGGCCGAACCAGGGUCAUUACCGAACCUGACUAUACUACCCUGGACGUCUUGCCCUGGGACAGGUUGGUCAGUGAGCUAGGCUCGGUUCCUGAGGCUGGUCAGCUGGCAGGCUCGGGAGGGGAACAAGGAGAGGGGAGUCAGACUCGGAGGAGGAGGAGGAGGGUGGAGGAUGAGUUCCUUUCGGAUAGAUUUCAGUGGCUGCCCGCAGAAAUCGAUGUUUCGGCGGAUGGGCAGAGUGCAAAGUUCCGGUCGUACAUCAACAAUCUGCAUCCGCUCGAGUUUACAGAAACUUAUCAAAGCCUGGAGAAGAUAUUUGCGACUGCAUUCGUGCCUCUCUUCAAUCGGGUGCUGACUGAGUCUGCCAAUCCUCGACCACUGCGGAUUACUGCAGACCCAUACAGCUGGUAUGAUGGCUGGAGGGGUGAUCGAGAGUAUGACUUGGAUGAUGACGAAGACAACGAGGCAUGGACAGAAGACAGGGAGCCUGUGCAACCAGAGGUGCCGGAUUUCUCACCUCCCCCAGAAACCCCCCCAGAGCGGGUGGUGAAGUUGCAGGGGAGGCGACUGCAGGUGAUAGUGAAGGCUGCGUCUAUCUGUCUCACCCUGGACCAGCCCAAGUACCCAGGAGGCACGUGGCAUGUGGAAGGGAUGAGGAACGAAAGCAUUGUGGCCACUGGCAUCUAUUACUACGGCAUUGAGAACAUCUCAGAGUCGCGCCUUCAGUUCCGGCACACGGUCAGGGAGCCAGACUACGAGCAGGACGAUCGCAAGGGGGUCAAAAUGGUCUAUGGACUCGUCGACGAAGGCCCCCUCGUGCAGCCCCUAGGCUCGGUCCAAACCUCCACACCAGGCCUGUGCCUGGCCUUCCCGAACCACUACCAUCACUGCGUGGCUCCAUUCGAGCUUGCUGACAGUACCAAGCCGGGGCAUCGCAAGAUCCUGGUCUUCUUCCUAGUGGACCCCAUGUCCCGAGUUUUAUCCACUGCCAGGGUGCCACCUCAGCAGCUGGCCUGGAGGCGCAAGGAACUGGACAGGAAGGGGAAUCCAUGUGGUAGCCUGCCUUCACUAGCAUUGGACUUGGUUGCAGACAGGCUGAUUGCGGGUAGAGAAGCAGUUGGGCUGAGUUGGGAAGAGGCGAAGAGGUAUAGGGACGAGUUGAUGGAGGAAAGGAAGGCACUGGUGAGGAGGGCAAAUGAAGAGCUAUUUGAGAGGCCCUUCUCGCUUUGCGAGCACUAGUUCCACAUGUGCUGUUGUAAAUUGCCUGUAUCUAUGACAUGCUUUAGGUUGGGAUGAAAUUGUGUUCAGGGUUGUAACU